CCUCGGGGGGACUCGCGGGUCUAAGCCGCCCGAGUCCCCGCGAGGCGGCGGCAGGAGUAGCUGGGUUAGGCUUAAACAUUAACGCCCUCCUGUCGAAUUGAGAAGGCGGGGCUCCGAAGAAGGCCGAACACGGUGCGGGGACUGGACAGGAGGGCAAAGGAGCAGGUCGAGUUUGGAGCGCGCGACCUGGAGCACGCCGGAGCAACCGGAGGGAAGUUUUUGGCUGCGCCGAAGCUCGGAAGCUUCGCAAGUGCUUUGUCCGCCGCCGCCUUUGGUGCGGUUCCGAUGAGGACAUAUUGCAGUCCUGUGUUGAUGUUGAAUUGACCUCAGUUCUGGGUAAUGGAUGGACAAAAUGAAGUAGACUUUUCCAAUAACAACAUUACACCAUUGUGGAAGAGAAGAUCAGCGCAUCGUGGGCAUUUGUAUACCAAGAACAAAACUAGACCACAGUCCUAUCAGAGUUCCACUGGGGUCCUCUUCACAGAUUUUCCUGUGGAAGACAAAGACACAUUCACUUUAAUGCAACCUGAUGAAACAAUUACUUCUCCAGACAGCAAAUCUAUUCAAAGACGUCCCUUGCUUUUGACCUGUAAAAGUAUGCCAAACGGAAAGGUUCAGUUUCCAGAACAUAGAAUCUUAUCUUCUACACUUUCUGAUCAGACCCCACAAAUCUUGAAAAUGGUUUCAAAUAACUCUAUAAACUUUAAGUCUAGUGGUUCUAUAGAUUCAGCAAGCAGUAAAUCAACUUACGCAAGGAAGGCCUCUAAGCAAGCAUCACUUAGUCCUGAAAAGGAACAUAUUGUUUUCACAUCAAGCCUUGGAGUGUCGCCACCAGAAAUUGGGCAUUUGCCAAACAAUAACACAACCAUUGCCUUAGCAUUACAAUCCAGUCAACCUCCUAAAUAUUUAGAAAAUGAACCUGUUUGCCUGCAUGCUCCCCCAGACAUUCCACAUUUGCCUCUGCAAAGAAUACCAUCAAAUCGGAACGACCAAUCUGAUAGGCCAUCUGUGACUCUGAGCACCAAUAGUCUUGCUGCAUUAAAAGUGGGGAAACAGCAGCUCAUCCCUAAGAGCUUAGCUUCUGAAACGAGAGUGAUUGGCAAAGCUAAUGGUCAGAAUUCAGAGCCAAACAGCAGGGUACUUAAGGUACGCAGCAUGGUGGAGACACUUGAUGUUCCUUUGGUAGCCAGUGAAGAUGAAGCAGAAGGGGAUGUGGAAAGCCCAGGGAUGCUAAAACGUAGCUUGAGGUCUACUUCAUACCGACGAGCUGUUGUGAGUGGUAUUGACUUUGAUGGUAUUGCCAAUAUUAAAAUGAAAAACAAACUCUGUCAGCCAGGGCUGAAGGCAGUCAUAGAAGAUAAAGAGAAAUUCUCUAGUUUAGGAAGAAUAAAGAAGAAAAUGCUAAAAGGACAAGGAACAUUUGAUGGACAAGAAAAUGCAGUGUUGUAUCAGAAUUACAAAGAAAAAGCUUUGGAUAUAGAUUCUGAUGAAGAUGUAGAAUCAAAAGAACACAAGUCAGAUGAAAAAAUAGUUAUUCAAUACAAACCUCUAAGAUCAACAUGGAGUCAACUGUCUGCAGUGAAGAGGAAUGGCUUAUCUCAGACCAUCAGCCAAGAAGAAAGAAAAAGGCAAGAGGCUAUAUUUGAAGUCAUCUCUUCGGAACAUUCAUAUCUUCUCAGUCUAGAAAUUCUGAUUCGGAUGUUUAAAAAUUCCAAAGAACUGAGUUCCACAAUGACAAAGACAGAAAGCCAUCAUCUUUUCUCCAAUAUUGCGGAUGUGUGUGAAGCUAGCAAGAAGUUCUUCACAGAGCUUGAGGAAAGGCAUCGAAGUAACAUCUUCAUAGAUGAUAUCAGUGAUAUUGUAGAAAAGCAUACUACAUCAACUUUUGAUCCUUAUAUAAAAUAUUGCACAAAUGAAGUCUAUCAACAGCGGACGCUUCAAAAACUGUUAGCUACCAAUCCAUCCUUCAAGGAAGUAUUAUCGCGGAUUGAAACUCAAGAAGAGUGUAGGAAUUUACCAAUGAUCUCCUUCCUCAUUCUCCCAAUGCAAAGGGUUACUCGGCUUCCACUGCUGAUGGAUACAAUUUGCCAGAAAACACAGAAAGAUUUGCCAAAACACGAAGUUUGCAAAAGGGCUUUAAAAGCAGUAAGCAAGUUGGUUCGUCUGUGCAAUGAAGGUGCUCGAAAAAUGGAAAGGACAGAAAUGAUGUAUACCAUCAACUCCCAGUUGGAAUUUAAAAUCAAGCCCUUUCCACUGGUUUCUUCUUCACGAUGGUUAGUGAAACGGGGUGAAUUGGCAGCAUUUGUUGAAGACACUGGACUUUUUUCGAAAAGGACUUCUAAGCAACAUGUAUACUUCUUCCUCUUUAAUGAUGUCCUCAUUAUCACAAAAAAGAAAAGUGACGAGAGCUACAAUGUUACAGAUUACUCCUUAAGGGAUCAGUUACUAGUUGAGCAGUGUGACAAUGAAGAACAGAAUUCCUCUCCAGUAAAAAGUAGCACACCAAUGCUUUACUCUCGGCAGAGUUCUGCCAAUCACCUCUUCAAAUUAACUGUCCUGAGUAACCAUGCAGGAGAGAAGAUUGAACUGCUUUUGGGAAUCGAAACUCAGAAUGAGAGGGCUCGCUGGAUUACUGCACUUGGACAAAGCAAUGAUAGAAGAAGCAAGGACAGGACAACAUUGACUCAGGUAGAAGUUAUCAGGUCAUACACUGCCAAGCAACCUGAUGAAUUAUCCCUCCAGGCUGCUGAUGUAGUUCUUGUUGAUCAAAAAGUCCAAGAUGGUUGGUAUGAAGGAGAGCGAUUGCGUGAUGGAGAAAGAGGCUGGUUUCCAAUGGAAUGUGCCAAGGAGAUCACAUGUCAAGCCACAAUUGACAAAAACAUGGAAAGAAUGGGACGUUUGCUAGGCCUAGAAACUAACGUAUAAAGUUGUCUCUAAUAUACGUACUCUAGAAUUUGCACUAAAGUCAAUGGCAUUUUGGUUCCUUCCCCCUCGCCCCAUUUUAUCUUGGUAGCAGAUCAGAUCUAUGAAGAUGGAUUUUUAAGAAUGGAAGAAAUUAACCCAAUUCAAGGCAGAUAAGGGUUCUUCUGAAUCAAUUUCUACACAAUAAACUUCGUUUUUAAAAUUUUUCUAAAAUAAAUGUUGAUUUAUUGAUAGCAUGUUGAUAAGCAUUCCUAUUUACAGUAUUUACAAAAUAUUCCUGUAUCUUAUAUCUAAUAUAUCUUUGUUCUAAAAACUAGUUCUGUAGUCCAUUCAUUUCACCUAUUUUAAUUUAAUAAAUAGUUUUCAUUGUUUCACUCCCAACAAUCAACAUUUUGAAUUGGAUCAAGCUUCUGUUAUGUGUGCAGUUGCUGUGGUACACAUGAUUGAGCUACCUGUUUGUAUAUUUUGAGGUAGAGAAAGGCUGUUGAGACCCAUGAACAUUGAUUACUACUCUUCCAACUGAUUUCAGUUGAACUGAAACACAAUUGAUUUCAUAGCACACACUGUGACACAUGGACUAAUUGGAAACAAAUGAUGGAUAAAGACACAGAAACUACAACCAUGGAAAAGACCAAGGAACAGUGCGUAGACUGGUUCCACUUAUGCAGACUUCAGAUAAAGAUGAGAAAUUGCCACAAUCACAAAACAACAUUGCAAUUAACAUUUGAAGGUGGGGGAGAAGAAGAACGGAUGGGAGUAGGUUGAAACAUUUAAUACCAUAUUUUCAAGCAUUUAUCAUUGGUUUGUAAAUAUGACAUGGUAAGUUUAUUGACAAGGGGUUUUCCAUCUCAUCCCUAAAUCACAUUUUUUCCCAAAAUACAGGAGUAAUUAAUUUUAAAAAUCAUUAACUAUUCAAAAAUAUCCAUGUAGUGGAAAUUUUCCAAUUAAAGGGGAAAUAAUCCCAUACAUUAUUUUAAAUGGGAUAAGAAUUGUAGCAGUGCUUGAGAGGAACUAUAAUGUACUCUAAACUUCCUUUUUCUACUUUUAAAGCACUAAAAACAUGACUUGACUUCCUAUAUGCUGUGUUAAUUUUACCUCGUUGAUUUCAAGUUGUUUUUAGCAACUAGCUUUUUAUCAAAGCAGCCUAUUGGAUUGUGAAAGCUAUAUCGGUCUUCCUUUCCCUUCUAAAAUGACUCCUGUAUUUCUGUUAAGACUUUAUCACAUGAUGUACAGAGGAAUUAAUUUGCAUUUAUAGUCAUAAUUUAUCAAUUUAAAUUUGUAAUGCAUUUGCUUAUGUAAAUAGGCAUGGCAUUUUACUGACAUAUUUUAGCAAUUCUGAACUUUUUUUUAAUAACAAACAGCUAAAAAAUUCUAUGAAGUUAAUACAUGGUCCAGAAUAAAGCAUUAUAGGAGAGAAUCAGACAAUAACCAUUAUUCUAGUAUUGUUUCUGAACUCUUAAUAAAACUUUUUUUUUUUAGUC